AUGAAGGAUCUGAUUCUUUCAAAGGCUAAUCAAUUAUUACAUUUCGUAUUUCCAAACCGAUGUUACGAAUUAAUGCUUUUGAAACAUGACUUUCUUCACCAAGAAUGUAUAUCAAUGGUUAUGUCGCGACUCCUUGGACUUGGUAUAACUCUGGGAUCAUUGCUUAUAUUUAUACCACAAAUUUUAAAAAUUCAAUUUGCACAGUCGGGCGAAGGGAUUUCAUUGUCAUCGCAAUUGCUGGGACUGUUUGGCUGUUUUGCAGUAACAUCUUACAGCUACACAAAGGGAUAUGUUUUCAGUCAGUGGGGUGAUUCAUUUUUCGUGACAAUCCAAAUGAUCAUAAUAAUUAUCCAAAUUUUAUGGUUUUCAUCACGUCAAACACACGCAGCAAUAUUCCUUGCAUUUUGCUGGACAAUUAGUUGUGCAGUUAUGGGUCAAUACAUUCCAAUUGAUGUGUUCGCAUUGCUUCAGGCUAUUACUAUCCCAGUUGUUAUUAUAGCCAAAUUUCUACAAAUCCGGGCAAAUUAUCAGCAGCAGAAUACCGGCCAACUAUCGAUGAUUUCAGUAUUCCUCCAGUUUGCAGGAUGUUUGGCCCGAAUAUUUACUUCCCUACAGGAAACUGGUGAUCAGCUUGUAAUUAUCAAUUAUAUUAUCGCCACUUUACUAAAUGGCAUAAUUUCUUUUCAAUUUCUUCUCUACUGGAGCAAUGUGGAGAUGAAGAAAAAGGUGUCUUGA